AAGAUUCUCAAAAUAAGUCAUUAAAACUUCAAGAUAGUAGAAAUGUUAAAUCGUUGCAUUUCAAUAAAGAAGUCCAAUUUAAUAUUUCCCGAAAUAUUAUGAGCUCAAACAGCAAAGAUGGUGACGGAACGCAAAUACAAAAUGCAGCUAAAGUAAAAAAAUUAAUAGAAAAACGUAAGAAGAAAAUUCUACGAAGAAGAUCUAAAGUGAAAAUUCUAAAAGCUUCCCAAAUGAAAUGUAAACGUUGUAAGUCCAAUAAACUAACUGAUGAUCCAAAAACUGAAAACUUUAUAAAUAAAACUGUUCUGCAAACAACGGAUUUGUCGAUUAAGAAAGGUUCUUCAAAAAUGGAAAUUCCAGAAUUAAACAAUAAUCCAGGUAUUUCACAAUCUCACAUGCCACCCAAAAAAGUUCAUGUCGAAUUUAUGGAAUCCCAAAACUUAAAAGAUUUUAAUCUUAACAAGACUCCAACUUUAGAACUCAAUAGAAAUAAUUCUAAACAGAACGUAAUCGAAAUUAAAAUCAAACCAAUUAAUUUAAGUGACCGAAAGCCUUCAAAUGUAAAGUCGAUAGAGUUGAAUAUUAAAAAUACUAUACACAAUUUGGAAACUCAACAUUUAACGAAAUCAAAUUAUGAUUAUCAAAAUAAAAAGAUGUUAAAAAGUGGAGACAAUAAUUCAGUAAAAGUUCCAAUAGCUGAGGACCCCAUCAUGGCAAAUGAAAAUUCUCUUAAGUCUAAAAAAAAUUCCUUGCAUAAAGCAGUUUCUAACGAUAUUUCAAAACAAAAUAAUAGUACAGUUACCAAGAAAAGUGAAAACAUAAGAAUAUUAUACCAGGCCCAUCCGAAAAGAAAAACCAAAGUAAGGAUUCCAAAACUCAUGAAAUCAGAAAAAACUACAAGGACAAAACCUUACGAAGAAGAUAAAACGAAAAAAGUUGCAUUAGCAAACCAACCAUCUAAUGUCCCUUCACAACGUAAGGGAAUCUUAUUUCCCACCGAACCAGGUGAAUUUCUAAACUUUAAAAUACAAUAAAAGAAUUUAACCACG